AUGAAUAUGUUGGAUGAUGAAGAUGACCAAAGCUUUCACGCUACGCGUGACGGCUACUCCCAUUUGAGCGAUGUCGAAUGGGAUGCGGUUGAACGAAUGGGUUCGACCAUGGGCAUCCAUGCUGUUAGCGUCAUGCUAGAGGCUCUCAAUAGAGAUGCCCAACAUGCUACUAUCGCCAAGUUCAUUCAAAAUGAACUUGACGCAGAACGCGAGAAAGUAGCCUUGCUUCACCAACAAGGUUCUCAACAAGCAGAGUUGUUGAGAGAACAAGGUGCUCAACAGUUUGAACUGUUGAGACAGCAGCAGGCUGCUGCUGGUGGGUCGAUGCACUCGCGUCGGCCCGAGACUUUGAAGAUUGACAUCUCCAAGGCGCGUCGCAUCGACGACGGGGAUAUGCAAGUUGCAUUUGCCCAGUCAAAUCUGGCAGGACGUGCCAAGACUUGGGCACUGGGGCUCAAGCUGCACGACCCAUAUGCGUUUGGGUCGUUGGAAGUCUUCAAGUCGCGGCUCAGACAAACGUUUGAACCGCCUAGAGCUGAGUUCAGAGCUCGAACCGAACUCUUGAAGCUCAAGCAGGGUAAGCGUGAUGUGCACGCUUACGCUCAACAUAUACGACAUCUCACGAGUUGUAUAAGUUCCAAUCCGGUGGAUGAACACACGUUGGUUUCGGUGUUCAUGCAGGGUCUUGCGGAUGGUCCCGUCAAGACUCACCUGUUCCGGCUUGAACUAGAUUCACUAGAACAAGCCAUUUCCAUUGCGGAGCAGGAAGACUUCAGUCUGAGACAGGCUCGCGCCAGCUCGACAUCAUAUCGUCAACCGAGACGAUAUGACAACGGAGGUCCAGAGCCGAUGGAACUCUGUUAUGUAGAGAGCGAGAAGGCUCGCUCUACAGGCUACAAGAAGUUGCAGAGAUGCAACAGAUGUCAAAAGACAGGACACUACGCUUACGAGUGUAGUGCCCCUCGUCCAGUGUCUCGCGACACUGGGCGUAGUGACCGUCCACCCAUGAGAAAGGGGCAGGGACGAGGGUCCGCAGUUGGUGCAAAGACGCAACAACGGGAUGGACCGUCAAAAAACGGACAGGAUCAGUAG